AAUGGGCCCAAAAUCAGAAACAUCUUCGCAGGAGAAAACUGUUCAUUUGCAACAUGCUGGUCUGAUGAGGACAUUGACGAGGGUUCAAACACAGACUGUGGCUUUGCAUCACAACACUGUCUUGAUAACAUGGUUGGCAAAUGGAUCUCUGAAUGUGAUUUAAAGUCAUGGAAAAAGAUUAAACAGGAAAUCUACGGGGCGUUUUCCUCUGCAUCCUGUCUGAAUAAAAGUUUCCUUCAACAAAGCGGUGAUAAACAUUAUCAAACUUCACUGAAGUACCACGGCUUGAACCUAAAACAUGCACGGCUUGCUUUCAAGAACCUGUUAACAAAGGACAAUGUUUGGGCAGAGAUCGAGGCUGCUGUGCUACGCCUGCUUCCUUCCCUCGACCAGAAACCAGUUGGAGUUGAGGGGUUGAGAAUCUACCUUCUUCUCAAUGAGCUUCUGCAUGCAGUGCUGGAACACACACGGCAACAGAGCAUAAAGCUCGCUGAGGCGGUAGCUGGUGCAGUAACAAGGUUGUCGAAUGAAAGUCUUAAGAUCAUAGGUGACUGGUGGUCCUCGCUGUCACCCUCCACCAUGGUGCGAUACGUUAAGGUGUGGAAGCAGGCCCUAUCAGAGAUCCUGUCCUUUAAACCUGUACCUCGCAACUCUGGAGUCAGAAAUCUGCUGCUAGUCCUCCAAUAUAUGUACAAUGCAAACAGAAGGGUUGCAGAAACUCGAAGGAUACCAGAAAGCGAUUUUUGUGUGUCAGCUGAUGAAGAUUUCCUUUUGGAGGAUUUGCAACAUUGGCUUUUACAGUCACAACGAAAGUAUUCACAUGCUGAGCCUCUCAUCCUGUGCAAGUUCCCUAUUGUGAUGGAUCUGCAAUCAAAGAAAACAGUGUUUGACAUGAAUGCUUACCAUGCCAAGAUUACAGAGGCGAUGAAAGUCUGUCUGAACUUUUGGAGGACAUUCGGUCGCUCUCCCUCAGUUUUGGAAGACUUUGUCUUUGUAGUGAAGCUGAGGCGAGCAUCAGUUUUGGAGGACACCAUGAAAAAAAUGGCUGAUACGAAUCACAGAGACUACAAGAGGCCACUCGUGGUUUUCUUUGAUGGAAAUCGUGUGAUCGAUGCGGUCUACAAGAAAGACUUUUUUUAUGAAGUCUUUCAUGACUUGGUCUCAGCUGAAUCUGGGAUGUUCAUGUUCAAUGACUCUGAAACACUGGCAUGGUUCUCCUCAAAAGCAACUCAGGAAGACCAGCGUUUCUUCCUGUUCGGAGUUCUGUGUGGACUGGCCUUGUACAACCAGUGCAUCAUCCACUUACCCUUCCCACUGGUGCUGUUCAAGAAGCUGCUCGGUGUAAGGCCUUCACUGGAGGAUUUGAUAGAAUUCAACCCAAGUGUUGGAGAGAGUCUGCAGUACAUUCUGGAGGACUACCAAGAUGAUGACUUGGAAAACCUGGACAUGUAUUUUUCGAUCAACUGGGAUGGGAAAGAUAUCGACCUUGAUCCAGAAAAUUCGGAAAAAUUGGUGACAAGUCAAAAUAAGAAGGAGUUUGUGGAUGCCUACGUGAAUCAUGCCUUCAACACAUCAGUGGAGAAUGUGUUUCAGGAGUUCAAGAGAGGCUUCUUCCUGGUGUGUGAGCAGGAUUUGGUGAAACUCUUCAGGCCAAAGGAGCUGCAAGAAGUGAUGGUGGGCAAAGACUUCAGUGACUGGGAAAAGCUGAAACAGAACACACAUUAUGAAGGUGAAUACAGCGCAGGCCAUCCCACCAUACAGAUGUUUUGGGAGGUUUUUGAUGAACUGACUGAGAACCAGAAGAAAGCUUUCCUUUGGUUUGUGACAGGAUUUGACCGGGUGCCUAUUCUCGGUAUGGACAAAAUCAAGAUGCAAGUCAAAGUUAAAGAAGUCGAGGACCUCUCCUAUGACCAGUACUAUCCUGAGACACACACGUGCUUCUCGACCUUGGAGCUGCCAUUAUACUCAGCUAAGGAGAUCAUGCAAACCAAACUCACAGAGGCCCUGAGCAACAAUAAGAGGAUCCAUAAGUGAUCAGUAUUAUAAGACAGUUUUUUACUGUAUUGAACAGUAAAAAGUAAUUAUUGAUCAAGUCUAGCGUUUGCAGUUACUGAAACAUACUUACUGUUACUGUCAUGAUCCUGCGUCUUCUACCCAGCGUUUUGGACUUUUGGUUUGGAUUUAUUUAAUAGUCUGAGGUUGAGAUCUUUGCCCUGACUCCCUCUUGGGUGUGUAUAUAUUGUUUGUGUCUCCCUCUGUGCAGCGUCAUGAUCUCAUCCAUUCUCGGGCUGUGUGUUCUGCCUGUUAGUUUAGUUUCUGGAACAUAAAAAAUUUAUGAUGAUAACUUGGCAUCUAUGCUUGUGAGUAUAUUUUUUUUUAAGUGUAAAUAGGUAAUAUUAGAUUAUAAAAUUUGGAGAAAGUCUGUCAGUAUUUCAUAGUUUUUUCCCUAAAUGUUACAGCUCAGAAAAUACACAAAAUAACUGCACUCUCUAAAUCAUAAUCAGCCACA